AUGAAAGAGAUCAUCGAGGUUAUAGCACUUUUUCUAGGUUUUGCAGGCUGGAUAUUGAUUUUCAUAUCAUUACAAGAUCAUUAUUGGAAAAAAUCCUCCGAAGAUGGCAGCGCAAUUACAACCUCCGCCAUCUAUGAGAACCUCUGGAUGUCUUGUGCAAGUGAUUCAACGGGGAUAUUUAACUGUCGUGACUUUCCAUCCAUUUUUGCUCUUCCAGGGUAUGUUCAGGUGUCCCGGGCACUCAUGAUCACUUCCAUUGUUUUUGGGACAUUUGGGCUCGUGGCUACUCUCGUAGGAAUGAAGUGCUCAAAAAUAGGAGGAGAAAACUACGUCCUGAAGGGAAGGAUCGCUGCGAUAGGAGGAGCAUUCUUUUUACUACAAGGGAUUUGCACCAUGAUUGCUGUAUCUUGGUAUGCAGCCAUCAUCACACAGGAGUUCUUUGACCCGUUUUAUCCAGGGAUAAAGUAUGAGAUUGGAGCGGGCUUGUAUAUCGGGUGGUUUUCAGCUAUACUUGCCAUUUGUGGAGGUGCAUGCCUGAUGUGUAGCUGCAUAGCCAACAGACCCGAUGAAGAAAUACCAUAUCCAUGCCAACCAUCCUCCAGAGGACAUGUGCUGAUGACUGUGGAAAGGUCUCAAACUGUCUCGAGCAACUAUGGAAAAAAUGCAUAUAUCUGA